ACGAGCGAGCAUCCCCGCGACACGCAACGGCGCGGCCGGCAGGAGCGGAGAUUGUGAUUUGGAGUCUUGGAGAAUUCAGAGUCUUUCCACAAUGGGAGAAAGGACAGAUUGUACGAAGUCACAUAGUUCACUGGCUGAAUACAGCCCCGUCAGUAAAUCAGACAGGACAGAUCCAAGUGACAGCUGUGAAAUGCAGGAUGGAAACCAAAAUACAAUGCAACUGAAGAAAGAAAUAUCUUUGAUAAAUGGGAUAAGCCUUAUAGUAGGCAACAUGAUUGGUUCAGGUAUCUUUGUCUCUCCCAAAGGAGUUCUCAUCUACAGCAAAUCUUAUGGAUUGUCUCUAAUAAUUUGGGCGAUCGGAGGGAUUUUUUCAGUCUUUGGAGCUCUCUGCUAUGCUGAACUUGGAACCACUAUUACAAAGUCAGGAGCCAGCUACGCGUAUAUCUUGGAGUCUUUUGGGAGCUUCAUUGCUUUUAUUCGUUUGUGGACCUCACUCCUAAUUGUUGAGCCAACUAGUCAGGCGAUUAUCGCUAUCACCUUUGCUAACUAUAUAGUUCAACCUUUCUUCCCUUCUUGUGAUCCUCCAUAUUUGGCUUGCCGUCUCAUAGCAGCUGCUUGUGAAUGUCUUCUAACAUUUAUAAAUUGUGCCUACGUUAAAUGGGGAACACGGGUGCAGGAUAUAUUUACUUAUGCUAAAGUUACUGCUCUUAUUGUCAUCAUCGUAACCGGACUUGUUAAAAUAUGCCAGGGACAUUCAUCACACUUUGAGAACUCUUUUGAGGGAUCCUCUUUUGAUAUCGGAGACAUUUCCCUCGCACUCUAUUCUGCCUUGUUCUCUUACUCUGGUUGGGAUACACUCAAUUUUGUAACAGAAGAGAUCAAAAACCCGGAAAGGAACUUGCCACUGGCUAUUGCAGUGUCUAUGCCAAUUGUGACUGUUAUCUAUAUUAUGACCAAUAUAGCUUACUAUACAGUGCUGGAUGUUGAAGCCGUUCUUUCUAGUGAUGCUGUGGCAGUGACGUUCGCUGACCAGGUAUUUGGUAUCUUCAGCUGGACAAUUCCCAUUGCAGUAGCCUUUUCUUGUUUUGGUGGACUUAAUGCUUCAAUUCUAGCAUCAUCAAGGCUAUUUUUUGUAGGAUCUCGAGAAGGUCACCUUCCUGAUCUGUUGUCUAUGAUCCACAUAGGGAGGUUCACACCUGUGCCAGCACUGCUCUUCAACUGUGCUAUGACCCUUAUUUACCUGGCUGUGGAAGAUGUCUUCAAGCUUAUUAAUUACUUCAGUUUCAGUUACUGGUUUUUUGUUGGUCUGUCUAUUGCUGGGCAAUUAUAUCUACGUUGGAAGGAACCAGAUCGACCCAGGCCUCUUAAGCUGAGUGUGGCUUUCCCAAUAAUAUUCUGUAUAUGUACAGUAUUUCUGGUGGUAGUGCCACUCUAUAGUGACACUAUAAAUUCAUUGAUUGGAAUCGCCAUUGCUCUAUCUGGAAUUCCAGUCUUUUUCUUGGGAGUCUAUUUACCUGCAUCAAGGAGACCUCAGUUUAUCAACAAGAUUUUAGGUGCAGUCACACGAAACAUGCAGCUGCUCUGUUACUGUGUUUUAACAGAGAUGGACACAAAUGAAGAAAAGAAGUUAUAAAUCAAAUCCAACUAAAUUUCAAAGCCAUUACAAGAAACAGGAGGGAGGAUAAAGCAAUUAUGACAACAAAAGGGAAGAGAUGGAACUGGAAAAAACAAGAAAACGGUUUCCAGUGGUCUUUCAGAAACACUGAAAAAGUACUUACUUGCAGUCGGAUUCCCAUGUAGAUUGUGCCCUCGCAUCACCCUCCUAAACUGUGGCAUAUUUUCGGGGCAUGUUUUCAUUGGAUAAUGAUUACCUACUCAUUUCAGGCACACAAGCUAUGCGUCAAUACUGUUCCUUCUUCAGAAUUGGUAUUAAAAUGGUAAGAGCUAAUGGAUCAAAUUAGAUUUCUGCAGAACCAGGCGGUGAAGUAAUGCAUUUUUAAGUUAGACUGAAAACCAUUUUAACUCAAAAGACCAAAAGUCAUUUCCAGCUUAAUUCUGAUGGAUGUUUGCAUGAAAUGAUUUGCUGUGCUAUCAGUUCUUAUCCCAGAAGACAACUGGUCACAACAAACUACCUAAUUUGUCAUUAUUAGCAGAAGAAUGAAUAAAGGUGUGCUACAUUAUUUAAAGACUGAACCAACCUUUCUCCCUUAAAGAUAAAGAUAUUUUAUUCCAUACGCUGUGUGGAAAUGUGGUAUCUGACUGUGGCAAGGAUUUAAUCAACAAAGCACCCUGGCACUAAAGAUUUGAUUAACAUUUGAUGAUUCUUUACUGUUAGCUUGUUAGUACAUGGUCAACUUCUGAUAGGCUUUAUGAAACUUCCAAAAUUAAAAUGUUCAGUUUGAAGCUUGUAAGCAUUUGUUUCUGAACUAUUUCAGGGAACACACUAGCAGUGUUACCUCAACAGUCAGAAAAUUCCCUUUCUAAAUUUCAGUGCUGUUCACUAGAAAAUGACCAUCCAAAAACUCAGAGAACAAACCACUUUCUUUUUUUCUUCUAUAGCAAAAGUUCUGUGGCAGCAACUGUAUCUUGAAAGCUAAGUAGCAGGGAGAGAAAAUAGGAAUUAGUACUAUUUGUAAUUCUAAAGCUGUAAGCCUAACAUCAGGACACUUUGAUACUGAAUUUUGGUGCAACAAAAGGUAAUAUGAAGCCAGCCUGUUCGGCUAGCAGAAUGAGAUAUACUUCAAAAACAUACCUGGAAUUUUUAUCUUAGUUCAGAAUGUUUACCUCAGUUGACCUGAGUUUGUCGACAGGUGCGGGUUUUUUGUGCUUUUAAGUUGAACUAAAUCUUGUAAUCACAAGAUUAUGGCUGAAGCGAUGCAUACUUCAAAUGCUGCACCACAUUUGUAGCAGCCACUUGAAUAAUAGUGAGAAUAUUUGGAUUCUUGCACUGACUCCCUGACCCAGGUUAUCCAUCUUAAACAAAAAGCUAUAUGUAAUGGCAAAUGGUAGUAGAUGGUGAAGAUUAACAUAAAAUGGAGCCUUGGGCUACUUUUAUGAAGCAGCAUUGGGAUUUAAGAUAGUUAAUGCUAGCUGAGGAACUCUGUGCACAGUUGGCAUGUAAACAUAGAGGGUCUUUUCAGUAUUUAAUGAAAAUUAGCAUUUAGCUAUUAUAAUACAGCUUUUUAAUCUUGCAUAUGAUUAGAAUGAAUUCACCAUCUAAAUUGAGACAUCUGUCCAGUGGGCAAACAUAGCUUUAACAGGCUAGGGUUGUGGUAUAGGUUAACAGCCAAAUUAACCUUUCUGUGAAAUGAAGGAAAAAAACCAUUUUUCCUCCACUACCUUGACAUCAUCAGCCAGAACUAACUGACCUAAAGUCACUGCUGCAACCUACAGCACAUGAAUGACACUGACCUAACACCCUAUUAGCUAUUUUUUACAGACUCAAGUGGGAGAGUGCUGCAAUACUUUGUGUGUCCAAACAGGCAAGAUUAAAUAAUUGUUUUAAAGAUGAAUGAAUGCAAGUUAAAAUGAUGAGAUGGCUUCAGCUGUAUCAACUCAUAUGAUCUUUAAAUGAGUAAAGAAAACUUAGCCAAAAAUUCUUUAUUUACAUUUUAAAUGCACAUAUAUUGUUCUGCUCCCAUAGUAAAAUUACUAUUGGAGAGUGAUCCAGCAAUAAAGUGGACAGUUCAAGGCAUUUAAAUGCUCAAACACUCAUAAAGAAAGUAACUUGAAACUUAGGAACAAAUACAGUAGAAAGCACUGGGACAGACUGCCUUUUUCUAGGACUUCCACUUGCUAUCACAGCAGACAUGUCGAUCUUCUUGUGAAACCUGACACAUUAGUCAUGACCAGAAGGGCUGCUGCCAACAGCACCUCCAUAUAUAAUGUGGAGGUACUGUCAGUACAGAUAGAAAUGCUUG